GAGACGCUGAUUAGAUUUAUCAGAUUUAGUUGAUUUCGUAAAAAUGUGUGGGCCUGUGCGCUGGUUGUGUGAGAUAAUGCUAUAUUAUUUGAAUCCUCAAUGCCAGCCCUGGCGAAACAUCUCUUCAACAAGUAGCCUAGCCUACGGUGUUGCUCCAUAAAAGAACAGCGCUGUGUAGAUACAUGUGUUGAUCCAUCAGAAGGGAAGGGUAGCCUACAUUUUUUUUCCCGGAGAAAGGACAAAUCGGGAUAAGGAGGCUAUUUUUCAGAAGGGACAUCGUCAGGACAGUCAAAUGUAAUUUCGGGGGAAGCAACUUCAGUCCCUACCAUUUCUUACUUUGCUCAAACAAAGUCUUUCUGGAUAACAUCUCAAAGGAAUAUCAUACUCUCAAGUGUUCAAAGAGACUGUUGGGAUAUUUUUUGAUAGCUUUUGAGGCUUCUCAGCCCUAGGAUCUGUACUAUCGUGCUACAUUACACCCGAGGACAUGUCUGCUGUGCGGCUGCUGCUCCUGUCUCUGCUUUGUGCCCUCUUUGUGUCCCUGUGCCAUGGGGCCUGUGCAGAGGUGGACUCGGACACUGAGGCCGUUGCAGGCAAAGGGUUCAAACUGGGCUGCAUCUCCUGUAAGAUGAGGCCCGAGGUGGAAGCUUCUGCCACGGUCGACUGGUAUUUCAAGGCCAAAGGGGAAGCUGACUUUGCUCAUAUAUAUAAUUACGAUGAGGAGGGCCAGCACAUUGUGGAUGAGCGCUUUGAGGACCGCGUGGACUGGAGCGGCAGUAAGCAGAGCCAUGACAUACAGGAUGCGUCCAUCUACCUCUUCAAUGUCACCUUCAAUGACUCGGGCACCUACCGUUGCUUCUUCCACCGGCUCCUGACGUACGAGUUCUACGAAUACCAGACCGUUGUCAGCAAGCUUGUGCACCUGACAGUGGUGGCUAAAGCCACCAGAGGGACUGCCUCCAUAGUCUCUGAGGUGAUGAUGUACGUGUCCAUCAUCGGGCUACAGGCUUGGCUCUACAUAGAGAUGGUAUACUGCUACAGAAAGAUAUCUGCUGCAGGAGAGGAAGCAUUACGAGAAAGCGCGAAUGCAGAAUAUUUAGCUAUUGCCUCGGAGAGUAAAGAUAACUGUGGUGUGCAAGUGGCAGAAUAACCCAGGAAUUCAAGCAGUGCCAUCUACAUACUGGCCUCAUCACUGAUACGACCCCUUGUUUUGCAUGACCCGGAAGAUGUAUAGUAUCUUUGAAUCUUUAUUACCUUUCCUGUUACAAUGUUAAUGGAUAAAUGUGAUAUGAUGACAUGAUUACUUUUAGAGUAGUAUGUGUAUGAAUCCUAUUUUUCAGUUGUAAUGGUAUCUCCCUUUAAAGUGUAUGUACAUUUAUAUUAAGAGGUAUUGUGAGCAUAAGGACACAAGGCGAGACCCAAAUGAAGGCACAGGAAGCAGAUGGUGGAGCUCCAAUAUUUAUUAAUCCAAGGGGUAGGCAAAAUGUAGGUCAGGGACAGGCGAGAGUUCACGAACUGGGUCAGAGUCCAAAACAGUACCAGGCGAAGGACAGUCUUGAGGUCAGGUCAGACAGGGGGUUCAGUAACCAGAUUGGAGUCCAAACAAUAUAAGGGGAUAGGCAGGCUUAAAGACAGAACAGGCAGAGUGGUCAGGCAGGCAGGUUCAGAGUCCAAACAGGCAAGGGUCAAAACCAGGAGGACUAGAACCAAAAGAGACUGGGAAAAAAUAGGAGCAAGAAAAACCGCUGGUUGACUUGGCAAACAAGGCAAACUGGCACAGAGAGACAGGAAACGCGGAUAUAUACACCGGGGAUAAUAAGCAACACCUGGAGGGGGUGGAGACGAUCACAAGGACAAGUGAAACAGAUCAGGGUGUGACAGUGAGAGAAUUAAUCUGAUUGAAGGGUUAUCGCGAGAUCACCUUGGAAUUAGAAUACUAGAAUGGACAUGAACUUUCUUAUGAUAGAGUAAAAGGUCAGCCAUUUUGGUAAAGGAGUUGGGUCAACCACAAUGGUCAGCGAGUGCUGUGAGAAGAUGUUAUUUAAAACAAUGAAUUUAAAACAAUGACUUUGAAAAUUAUAUGCACAGUAAUGUUUAUUAGCUAGCUUGUCUGCCAGUUUAAUUAGAAUGAUUCCAUAAUUUUUUUCUAAAUGACUGCCAAUAUGUCCGACAUUCCAAACAAACAAUGUAGUCAAUACACAGGCUGAAAUCAGUUGGUGAUAUGACUUAGACAAAAUGUAAAUGCAACAAGUAACUGAUAUUGUAUUAUAUUAUAAGAUUCACAACUUUCCAAGAAAACAAACAUUGAAAACAUUUUUGAGGCAAUUUAUACAGAACAUUUCUAUAAAACCUGUAUUUACAGGUCAAAAGUUUGGACACCUACUCAUUCCAGGGUUGUUCUUCAAUGUUACUAUUUUCUAACACAUGGAAUAAUGUAGUAACCAACAAAUUAAAAUAUGUUUUACAUUUUAGAUUAUUCAAAGUAGCCACCCUUUGCCUUAUGGCAAGAACAGCUCAAAUAAGCAAAGAGAAACGACAGUCCAUCAUUACUUUAAGAAAUUAAGGUCAGUCAAUCUGGAAAAUUUCAAAAAGGUUGAAAGUUUCUUCGAAGUGCAGUUGCAAAAACCGUCAAGCGCUAUGAUGAAACUGGCUCUCAUGAGGACCCCCACAGGAAAGGAAGACCCAGAGUUACCUCUGCUGCAGAGAUUAAGUUCAUUAGAGUUACCAACCUCAGAAAUUGCAGCCCAAAUAAAUUAUUCAGAGUUCAAGUAACAGACACAUCUCAACAUCAACUGUUCAGAGGAGACUGUGUGAAUCAGGCCUUCAUGGUCAAAUUGCUGAAAAGUAACCACCACUAAAGAACACCAAUAAUAAGAAGAUACUUGCUUGGGCCAAGAAACACGAGCAAUGGAUAUUAGACCAGUGGAAAUCUGUCCUUUGGUCUGAUGAGUCCAAAUUUGAGAUUUUUGGUUCAUUGUGAGACGCAGAGUAGGUGAAUGGAUGAUCUUCGCAUGUGUGGUUCCCACCAUAAAGCAUGGAGGAGGACUGUGAUGGUGUGGGGGUGCUUUGCUGGUGACCGUGAUUUAUGUAGAAUUCAAUGCACACUAGACCAGCAUGGCUACCACAGCAUUCUGCAGCAAUAUGCCAUCCCAUCUGGUUUGCACUUGGUGGGACUUUCAUUUGUUUUUCAACAGGGCAAUGACCCAACACACCUAAAGGUUGUGUAGGGGUUAUUUGACCAAGAAGGAAAGUGAUGGAGUGCUGCAUAAGAUGACCUGGUCUCCAUAAUCACCAGACCUCAAACCAAUUGAGGUUGUUUGGGAUGAGUUCGACCACAGAGUGAAGGAAAAGCAGCCAACAAGUGCCCAGGUGAAGCUGGUUGAGAGAAUGCCAAGGGUGUGCAAAGCUGUCAUCAAUGCAAAAGGUGGCUACUUUGAAGAAUAUCAAAUAUAUUUUGAUUUGAUUAACACUUUUUGGGUUACUACAUGAUAACAUAUGUGUUAUUUCAUAGUUUAUGUCUUCACUAUUAUUCUACAAUGUAGAAAAUAGUAAAAAUAAAGAAAAACCCUUGAAUGAGAAGGUGUGUCAACUUUUGACUGGUACUUUUUAAUUAUGACCAUAUUUAGGUUGACAAUAAUUCUAUUACACAAUUUCUGAUAUAUCACCUGCCUUACUUUUAUUUUCCUGCAUAAGUAAAAGCAGGAAAUGCAUCACCUAUGCCUCUACUGCCAUUCAUUCCAAUUUUAUUUUACUACAAUGACUGCCAUUAUCAUCCCAUUCUUGAACUUUGAGGGUUUAUUACAUACCCGCUCAAGAAAUGUCAUAGGACCUCUAUGUAUUAAUAAAUCCAUCCACUCCACCUGUUGUAUGUCUUCUAGAUAAUGCACAAUCAUCACGAAAUGUACUAAACUUCAAAAGGUAUUUAUAAUAGAAUGUGAUUGAUUGUGAUAGACUGUCUACAAUGUACAGUGUUGUGAUGAUAAAUCAAAAAAUAAACCUCAUUGAAGUGAA